AUGAACGCGUUAAAAGUGUGGGCGAGGUGGCGGCCUCUCAAGUCAAACGAAUCCCAACAAGGAGAAAUUAUACGCUCAUCGGACCGGGAUCACCAUCGUCAACAGCUUCAGAUCUCGAUUACCGCAUCCGCCCAAGACCAAGCGCGUUCAAGCCGUGAGCGAUCCUGGAAAAGUGCUUUCUCAUUUGACGGAGCCAUUGAACCUCAUGAGCACAACAGCGUUGUGUACAAUCGCACUGUGGCACCAAUCAUCCCUGACGUGCUGCGGGGCCGGUGCUGCAAUUUCUUUGCAUACGGGCAUUCAGGCAGCGGCAAGACACAUACCAUGAUUGGAUACGAUUUUGAAAACAGCGACGAAUUUGGGCUUUGCUUAGCAGCAGCGCGCCAGCUGGCCACUGCGCUUGAUGGAAUCAAUGCGGAGGAUAACGCCUACCGAUUUGGCAUCGGCCUCCGAGUGUAUGAACUACGAAAGAACAGCGCCUUUGAUCUGCUCAACAACCGAACAGAAUGUUUUGUCCGCGAGGGCCCUGAUCGCCGUGUGUACAUCCGAGGCGAGACGGAAAUGCUAGAGGAUGGGAGAGUGAGAGUCCGGCCAAUUGCUACCAGGGCAUGCUGGAACUUCGAACAGCUGCAGCGGGAGCUACAGCAAGGACUGAAGCACCGCAAGACCGCAACAUCGACCGUACAUGACCAAAGUUCGCGCACGCACGCAAUCAUUGAAAUGGAAAUCAUCACCACGGAUCUUCUUGAUGCGCGUGCCAGCGUGGUUGAUCGACAGUCGGAGCUUGUUCCUGUCGGGAAAUACGCGACAGAUGUGUAUAUCGAGGAGCAACUUCGUGCAGUGGUUCAGACGGAAGAUGGGAAGUAUUCGCCAAAUCCUGAUUAUCAGGUGAACCAGCAACGUGUCGAUGCUGCGGAGACACAAAAGGCCGAGUUUGAAGCUCGGGUGAAAGCGGCAGAACAGCACGAAUCUGAAGUAUUCACUACCACCGCUCGUGCACAUGAAUGUAUCGGCGGAAGGCUUGUUUUCGUGGACCUGGCUGGGGCAGAAUUCAUUUCCGGUGCAGACGGAGCUGCGCUCAAACAGUCUCCUCAGGAGAAGCAACAAGGGAGGCAGAUCAAUACAGACCUUCUCGCAUUGAAAGAAGUGAUCCGAGCCAGAUCACUUGCUCAACCGCGUAUCCCGUACAGGUCCUCUCCAUUGACCAUGGUACUGCGUCAUCAUUUCGAAGCAUCGAGCGAUGCUCAAUCGUCAAUGAUCCUAACCGUUUCACCGGCGACAGACCAAUAUGCAGCAACAAUGAACACCUUGAAAUAUGGGGAUCUGGUCGGGCUAGCAAAUAUAAACAAGCGAUAA